AUGCAUGCAAUAGUUAAGAAGUUCAAAGCUCCCCCCCCAGUUUUACAACCAAGAUAUAGAACUCUUUUCAAUCCCGCGAAAUCUAGCCCCGAAUGGCCAUCCAAAACGCGUUUCCAGGAACCGAGUGCUCAAUCCUUCGACCGCGUUGUCCCACUCGAUAGAGUACGUACAGUACAAGGAAGGCAAGCUGCAGGAGACAUCUCCUUCAAAAUUCAGGCGCCACCAACAUCAAGCCACAAUUUUUCUUUUCUUGGUUUGAUAGAGUAUCUCCACUUCUCCAUUGGAUUCGAGCCCCUGGAUCCACCCAUUGUUCUGACACGAAACGGUUAA